AGAUAAGCAAAGCUGUUGGAUUAAAUAUUAGCCUGAACCGAAAGAGGCAUGUGUGUGAUUGUGUCUGAUGCAUCAACCUUUCCAGGAUGUUAGAAAAACACCCGUAUGUGAAGAUUUUUCUCAAGGUUAUUGCUUGCUUUCUUAUAGCUGCUUCUAUCACAAUUCUGACCACGUUUUUAAUUCGGAAGUUUUAUGAAGAACCAACUGAUCCAUCACCUCCACCUCCCUGCCUUCUGGAAUGUAAAAAUGGAGGAAUAUGUAUCAAUAAUCAUUGCCGCUGCUCAGAAUACUACACAGGGGAGCUCUGCACAAUAGAAAAUUUUUGCAAACCCGAUUCUAUUUGUGAUAACAGCAGUAAAUGUUAUGAAUUUGAUAGCAUCCUGGUUGGCAUGUAUAGCUAUUCCAAAGAGCUUUGUGAAAAUACAACUGUAAAUGCGAAUACUCCACAGGCUACUGUUCAGUGUGUGAACAAUGGUGGUAUUUUAAGUUUCGGACCUAUCAGACUUCAAAAUUGUGAUGAAAAUCUGGAGACACUUGCUAACAAGACACAUAUAGACACAGAAAAUGCCGAAAGUGUUGCAGCCACGGCUCAGAUCCUGACUUCAGAGCCUACAAGUCUACAGGCAGAGGAUAUCACAAAUGCAAUUAGGAUUGUGAAUAGGUUACUGACUCUAUCGAAUGCUACAGAAGAGGUGGGCCAGUCUGCAGUUGCCACUGUUAGUCAAAUUUUAAGUGCUAAUGAAACAGAAUUUAAAGAUGAUGAAGUACAAGUAAAUGAAGCGGAAAGUCUAACAAGACAAAUGGAAGCAUAUUCUCUGAAUGUCGUUAAUGACACCGUGUCAAUGGUGCAGCGAAGCGUUGCAGUUGAAAAACGUACCCUGUCUGCAAGGAAUCAAAAUGGAAUCCAGUUCAUGUCACUAAAAGGCCUACCAGGAGGUGAAGAAGACUUAAUAUCCAACAGGGUCAUAGUAGACAACAAUACUUCAGAGUUUGUGCAUAAUGAAACAGCAGAUGUUCAACUUUUCAUAAAACCAUCUGAAAGUGUGGAUAUUAACAUAGCUGUUGGCUUUGUUCUCUACCAGAAUGAUAAUCUUUUUAAGUCUAUCCAUAAAAGAGCCCUUACCUAUAGAAAACGAGUUAUCUCUGCCAACAUUUCCAGUGGAAUACAUGCCAAUGUAGAGUUUAGCUUCAGUCAAAGGUCUGAUCCAUCGUUCAUCCUGGUACAAUAUGCCUGUGUUUACUGGGACUAUGAUAAGAGUGAAUGGAAUACCGAAGGCUGUAAGAAGCUAUCCACAGUGAAUGACGCCUCAGCACUGCGAUGUGCUUGCAAUCAUACUACUAACUUUGCUGUGUUAAUGAAUUUCAGAGAAAAUAUUACGCAUCCAGAGCUUGGUACAGUGUCAACCGCUGGCUGUGUACUUUCUAUGGUGGGAUUAACUGUCACGGUAGUAUUUCUGUUGUAUGCCAGAUUUAGAAAGAAACAGAAAACAUCAUGGAUACUGAUGAGCCUUUGUUCAGCCAUGCUAAUCUUCUAUAUUAUAUUUAUUGGUACAAUGGAAUACCCAAUUUUUAAGGAUGAAGAUUCAAACACUGGCAAUUCAAGCAAUACAUUUAUACCAUAUGAAAAUGAUGAUCCUCCACAACCUGUAUGUGCAGCCUUGGCUGUUCUAUUACACUAUUUCCUCCUUACAACGUUCACAUUGACUGCAAUGCAUGCAGCAGAGCUGUAUGUUCGUCUGGUUCUUGUCUACCGUUUUACCCCAAAAGGCUUUACAAGGAGUGCACUUGUCAUUGGAUGGGGGCUUCCAAUUAUAAUUGUCUUAAUAACAUUUGGAUCAACAUAUAAAACUGGGAAACAAAAAAACAAUUAUCACCGAGAAGAUUUCUGUUGGCUUGCUGGUGUAAACGAGCAACUCAAAUUGGAUCUCUCGAAGCCCCUGUUGUGGUCUUUUCUGUUGCCAGUGGGAAUCAUCCUUAUAGCAAAUAUUUGCAUAUUUAUAGCAGUUGCAGUGUCAAUUUGGAAGAAGAAUCCAAAUGUAACCAGCACAAAAAAACAUUCAGUGUUAAAGAAGACAUUGGCUACAGUCUCUGUUUCAACUUUACUUGGUGUCACCUGGAUUGUUGGCUUCUUAAUGCUUAUAGAGACCAGAGAGUCCACACAGAUUAUUUUCAGCUACAUCUUCUGCUUAUGCUGUGCAACUCAGGGACUUCAAAUCUUCAUUUUCUACACCCUCAAGUCUCCCUUGUUUCUGGAGAAGGUUGCUGUGGGUAUUCGCUUGUUUAACUCUUGCAAGCUUUACAUGCAUUCGGAUAAAUACUGGGUGAACAGGAUCCAAAAGGAAAAAACACAGUUAUAUAAUGAACAAUUCAGGAACGUCUCAGAGUCAACAGCUCAAUUAUUUUCUGAUAGCAAAAAAGAAUGAGACGUGUCUUUCAUACGAGUUCAUUUAUAUUUUGUUUCUGGAAAAAUAAAAAAUAGAAAAUACUUUAA